UUGGUAACAUGUGCGGCGGGGUGGACUGAACCAUGGCCACCACCCGCCAGACACAGUGUACAAAACACGCUGAAGCCCAUCGGGGAGCAGGGGUCAACGUCCGGGGACAGGUUAAUUGACGUAAUGUAUAAAUCCUGUCUCUUCCGUUGGAAUACUUGACUGUAUCUAGCCAGAACAGCAGAACAGCAGAAUAAAGCAAAGCCUGCUGCCGAAGAUUGUCUCGUUUCACCUCGCAAAUCCCUCUGUGGCUGUACUACCUUCAGAAUAUGACGGAUUCGUCGGGACCUGAAAAUGCACCGCCCUCCGCCCAUCGAAAGCCCUAAGAGGGACCACUCCCGUCGACACUACGUUCUGAUCGUGUUGUCCGGAUUCAUGCGCAACUUCACCGCGUGUGGGAUUGUCUUCGCCUAUGGGGUUUACCAAGCCAAGUAUGAGAAAAUGGCUACCCGCCACGGCACUCCCUUCACCGGCGCCUCCUCCGCCGAGAUCACCCUAAUCGGGAGCUUGUCCUCGGCGAUAAUGAAGCUCGGCGCACCCUUUGUGGUGGCAUGGUGCAAGUGUUUCAGUCCCCGCAUCCUUCGGCACCGCGGCCUGGCACUUCCAACUCUCGCAGGGGCUGCUUCUCGGCAUCGGCAGCUGUCUCUCAUAAUACAUGCCUUCGAUGAUCGUACCACCAACAUGGUUCUCCGAAUGCCGCGGCCUCGCCCUGGGUUUCAUUUCGGUCGGCACCGGCAUCGGGGGUCUGAUGUUCGCCCCCGUGAUUCAGGUCUGUAUCUCCGCCCUCGGCUUCCGGGAUACACUCCGGUCUACUAUAUCUCUUCGUACGGCCAGACGUUGGGCUACACAACGUGUGCAAUGCGAUUGGGAAGGUCGCCGGACCUGCCUGCGGCGAAGGCCUGCUUCAUCGUGUUCACUGUUCUGUAUGGCCUGUUCGCCAGCGCCUAUAUCGGGCUGUCCUCCCCGGCCCUGGUCGAGCUCUUCGGUCUUGAAGACAUGCCCCGCAUCACCGGCAUCAUGUACAUGAUGCAGGGCGCUGCCGGGUUGGUCGGCACCCCCGUGGCGGGGCUCCUGGUGCGCACGUCCAACGGUAAGACCACCUCGCGCAGCUACCUGGAUAUGGCGAUCUUUGUCGGCGCCUUGAUGGUCGCGUCCACCCUGGCGGUCGCCUGGGUUCACGUGGAGCAGGGAUUUGGUCGUGUUCGUGGGCAUUAUUCGUGGGUGUGGAAGCUCUAG